GGCACACCCUUUCCCGCUUGCAUGCUAGCUAUUGCUUUGACGAAUUUUCAAACAAGCCAUGGACGACGAGUUCCUCCGUCGUCAUUCGCAAGUUACGGCUUACGCGAAUAACCGGUGACUGGUAUACACUCCCGUGUUUCCCCAAUGUCGGGACCGAGUUAAAUUCGUUGUUGGUAUUCUUUCGGUUCCGCCUGGUCUCGGGGAGGUGUACGCCUGUGGCCGCGGUGAACACAGCGAAAUUUUGCCGUGUGCCAGUUGCAUACACACGUUUCUGCGCAUCCGUAACAGAUACCCCCAAGUCGCAACGACAAGAAUCAUGACUGGCGCAUAGCCUGUCGGUUUCGUCUGUAGAGUAUGGAACGCGCUUACCCAUCAUGUUUCGCAUGCUAAGCACUUGAAGAAGUUUUCUCAUUACAGUGUCUCUCUGCAAAAGUGUUUCGAUGGAAGGGGGAAACUGGAGGACGCGUGCAGCGUAUUCGCUAGCCACAAAGACGCCAAUGUGGAUAUAUUUCAAUACUAACAGGGAUGGUAAAGAUAGGUAGUUUGUUGCAGGGAAAGCUCAAGAGCAACAUCACCUUCCGCGAUUCGCCACACUCGCGUUGCGGGCAACUCUCGACUUACCGUUUCUGGCAAGAACUUCAGCUACAGCUGGGAACGGCGAAUGUGCGGUUUCACUAGGCUGCAAGUUUGUUUAAUGUUUCAGGUUAUACACGAUGGAUCACAGGCUUCUGGACUACGAGCAAGAGUUCCUCAACUCAUACGCGCUCCUCAAGUCCGGCUGUGCAACGCUUCGAACCGAGGACAGAAGCGCGGAAAGACGCCGGGGAAUCGCUAGAUGCGGCAAAUAUCUCCAGCAGGCUGAGUCUGCCCUUCACCAGUUUGAGCUCGAAACUCGCAUGCCGCCGACGGAUGGGUUUGCUGAUGUGGACGAGUUUUCACUCAAAUCAAAAGCAGCCAAUUACCGGCAGGAACUGAAAGAAGCGGCGCAAGAGUUUCGCGACAUUCGCGUCCAGAUAGAACGGCUAAUGCUGCUUGUCGACGACGGCGUUACCGCGACUGGAGCCUCAUCCCAGCAGCGUAUGCGCUUGCUCACAGCCGCAGAGAGCACGCAAAAGGGCGUACAGAUGCUAGACAGCUCAAGAGUGCUGGCGCUCGAGACAGAAGUCCUCGGAGCCAAUAUUAUGACUGAACUUCGCGGUCAAAGAGAGACGCUGGAACGCACGAGCUCGAAUGUGGGGAGCGUUCGUGACGGCCUUCGAGAGGCAACGGCGACGAUACAGCGAAUUGUUAGAGCGACUCUUCAACGCAAGGUUUUGAUUUAUGGACUUGUUUUUCUCCUGCUGUUGACGCUAACCUUCGUCUCUAUUCGGAAAGUCCUACCACCCCAAUUUUUCAAGAGCAGGGAUAGCGAUACUUCUGAGAAAUCAAGCUUGCGUGUGCGAGACAAGGAAGUCGCUGACACAAGUGCUGGCCUUACCCUGCCUGCCUCUAGUAUAAGCCCCUAGCAGGGCGGGCAGCGAUGGAAAUGAAAGGGAAGAGGAUCAGUUUUCCCGAGAGGGCGGCUUUACAACAUCAUUUUGUCCAUCCGGGCAGCUGUACAACGGCAUUUCUGGCUUGACCGCGUAACUGAAUGGGUGCUGGCCAAAAGUAUCUCGCCAUUUCCUCCUUUGUAGAGAAAUCUCAAUUCAACAUUCUGGAUCGUGUUCCUGGCUUCCCCAGUCGCUUGUUCUGAAUAAUUGAGGCCCAUAGUGUCACUGGAAGGUGGCUGCGGAACAAGGGUAACGACACUGUCGUCGAUUUGUCACACUAAAUCUGCCAGUGCUCCCCUCCACAGUUGAUGUAGAGUUCAUGUUUAUCACAGUAACAUGUCGCCGUAGAUGUCAAGUCGUACAGCAACAGCUAGUGGAUAACUGGCCGGAUAUGGCCGGAGAGGCAUCUAGUUUGGUUCCCUGAGUGCAUAAAUUUAGAUAUAGAUGCUUGUCUUUGAAAAACAGUGCUG